AUGCUCGAAUAUGAAAGAGAACAAUUUAAUUCCAUGGCAAGAGAAUGGACUCUUAAUUACGCUUGGGUGCGCGAUCCUGAACCAAAUCCACCAACCGCAGCAACUCCUAAUAGCUCUGGAAAAAAGAAAAGGAGCUCUUCUAAUUCUAAGAGUUCUAAGAAGAGUUCCAAAAAGAGUUCUAAGAAGAGUUCAAAUAGAAGUUCUAAAAGCCCAAAAAGGAAAAAGAAUUGA